AGAGGGGCGGGUCCUUCCCUUGCUAAAGCGGGAGCCGCGCAGACGGCAAGCUGCGCCCGAGCUGCAGAGCGAGGCAGGCGCUGCAGGAGCCAGCGGGGGCGGCCGAGGUGAAAGCCCAGCGUCCCCCCCCCCGCUACUUUCCCUUUCUGGCACCCGCCGCUGCUGCUGCUACGGGCAAAACGGGCCGGGGAAGCGGGGUCCACGUUCCCACCGAUGCCGCCCCCGCCGCUGCCCGCCUGACUCCCCUCCGGGGCUCCAGCCGGACCCAGCCGGGGUGAAGCCCCUUCCCCCCCCUCCUCGGAUUGGCCUCGGGGUCCCCGGACGACCCCACCCCCACCCCCAGCCCAGCGGGAAGAAGCCAGCGGGGGUCGUCGGAGCCCCCGCCUCCGCCCGUGUGGAAAGGAUCAUGGAAACGCUCGCCAUGUCACCUCGAGGUCUCUGGAUCUCUGUCCUGGCGCCUUUGCUGUUUUCCAGCUGCGCAGUUGUUACAGGACAAAAGAUGGAGGUAACACAACUUCCGGAAACCGUAUCGGUGAAAGCUGGAGACAGCCUCACUCUAAAGUGUACAUUGACUGGGGCAAAUUUACCCGGAGGCGUGCGGUGGUACAAAGGGCUGGACAGAAAUCAGCCCCCCAUUUACAGCGAUACACAAGGAGCUUCCAACCGGGGGGUGAGGCUGGUCGCGGGAUCCAACACGGACUUCAGCAUCGACAUCGCAAACAUCCGUCCUGAAGAUGCCGGGACCUACUAUUGUGUGAAGUUCAGGGCAGGGGCCCCAGACAGAGAACUGGCUUCGGGGAAAGGCACGCAGGUCUCCGUAAUUGCCAAACCAUCCCAGCCUGUGGUCCGUGGCCCCACAAGAAGAGUCACGGCAGGAUUUCGGGCCACCUUCAACUGCUCCACAGAGGGAUUUUCUCCCCAAGAGAUCACAGUCAGCUGGUUAAAGGACGGGAAAAAAAUACAGGCUGGCCAGACCAACAUCCUGAAUUCAGAUGGAACAGAGAGCAUCUCGUACCAAGCAGAGAACACGGUGGAAAUCCCGCUGGACCAAGGAGACGUGAGGUCUCAGCUGACCUGCCAGAUCCAACACAGAUCGUUGGAUGGUCCUCUCCAGCAGGCCUUCCAACUCGGUGAUGUCCUAAGAGUUCCUCCCAAAGUCCACCUGGAGACCAGCCCUCCUUCCCCUGUCCAGCUGAAUGCCACGGUGACGGUCACUUGCCACGCAGAAAGUUUUUAUCCGGACGAUGCAAAAGUGGAGUUGUUCCCCAAGGACCCCCCAAGCAGAAAAGGAACGGUUGGCCUGAAGACCCCGAAUCCAGACGGGACCUUUUCCCUCAAGAGUCAGCUGGAGAUGGUGGCCACCGAAGACAGGAACUCCUCCCUGUUCCUUUGCCAGGUCCAGCAUAAUUCCCAGCCUCUGGUCAACGAAACCAUCGUCCUCUUCAUUAGGAUGCAAACUGAAGACAACAGGAGUAAGACCAAUGGUCCAGAAAAUGAUAGGACAACCAUGAUCAUCAUUGCGGUGGUGGUGUGUUUCCUCCUGGUUGUGUUGGUAAUUGCAGUUAUCUGCCUCAUCCAAACGAGACACAGCAAAGGUAAAGACGCCACAGCUGUAAGGCUCCACGAAGCUGAGAAGUCUCCCGCGUUGACAAAUCAGGUAGGCCGAGCUAAAUUUCUUGAGCUGCUGCCUAGAAAUAAUAAUUACAGUAGUCAUCCGUUUGGCCUGAAAUAGCUUGAACUGACAGAACAGAACAACCUUUAACAGGAUAACAGAGAUGGAAGGGACUUUGGAGGUCUUCUAGUCCAUCCCCCUGCUCAAGCAGGAGACC